AUGAACAAUAUCAGCAAGAUCCUUAAAUGCAAGACAACCAAUGUUGAUGGUACUCACAAGGCCACUGGCACUGCCAGAGCCCAACUCUUUGGCUGGGAUUGCACCAUUGAAUGGCUCAGGAUAGAGUGUUCUAUCUUACAGGAGAGGUGUCAUCAGCUUGAACAACAAGCCAAUAGUCUGACUAUGGCUAUGGCUGUGUAUGGUAUACCCAUGCCAAAAGGAGCUUUGGGGGCUGCUGGUGGUCCCUCAAAUGGUAAUGCACUUGCUAGCUUUCUUUGUGAGCACUUGCCAGCCAUCAAUCCUGCUGUAGCAGGUGAUGUUAUUUGCAAGACCCCUGAGGAUGAUUCCAUGCCCACUCCCAAUUGUCCCUGCUUGGCAUUCAUUUCCAACCACACUGAGCCAGACAAUAUUAAUCCUACCCUGUGUGAAGACAUGGAUCACAAUUUUGUGGAAGAAGCUUCAAAGGUAUUUAACAUGCCUCCCAGUUCAAAAGUAACUAUUUCCAAAAAGGGCAAGCCCCUGGUUCAUUCUGGAUUUUAA